GAGAAAAUAGUCGUGGUUUCUUCAUUCACUGCCAUACAGCGCAGGCGUUUCGUCUUUUCUUUCACUGGAGGUUCUCACGAGUGGUGUUUCGCUCAGGGAAUAAAUUUGAUGAUUCAAAUGGAUUUGCGUGACUGUCAAACCAAUUUGCAAGUAGGACAAAUUGAUUGAGAGGUGAAUCUACCGAUUUUCUAUAACAGAAAACCUCCGCUUCGACCAGUUCUGUGAGAAGAUCAGAGAGCUGUUCGGCUCUGACAUAAAGAACCAAGACCUCAAGUCGAUCUAUCGCAAGAUCUCCACCAACCCAGAUGCUAAAGUUGACUGGAGUGAGGUAAUCAAUGAAAUGCAACAGCUCGAUAACUUCAUGAUUAUGUCGUUUUUGUUCGUUUCUUUUCAACCAUUCACGGUUUUUACAGUUUUCUUGGCACUAGUUCAACUGCUUUGA